GUAGUAGUAUUCCGUAUCCGUGAAGACAAAACGUUUGUUACGCUGUCUACUUGCUGGCCGGUCGGGCGAUCGAGUACAUCAGUCGUUCCACCAUACCUGUGCCUCGCAGUCGCAACACUCUCGGAACCCGUCGUCGGAAAAAGAAGGCAGAUCGUGCAGACUUGAAAUAACUUUUGUCUGUUCCCAUCAGUAACGACAUCCAUGACAAAAACUAUUUCAAUGUGUUUCGUGUACUAUUCCGCUGUUUUACUACUGAUCGUGUCGAUACACGGACGACAUCAUUCGGGCGCGCUACAGCUAGAUGUCGGCGAGCCACUGAAACGAAACCAAAACAGUGUAAAUGUUACUGAGCGGGAAAGUGUCCAUCCACCACCUCAACCGCCUGGUGGCAAUGCAGGCGGCCCCACUCCGGAAGAAACGACCGAUAGCGGUCGUGAUGGACAACCAAAUGAGGCACGGCUCCGACAGAAGCGGCUCAUUUCCGCGGGUGAAUACGAACAAACGGCACAGUACUGGAACAUCGGGGCCCAGCUGAAGCUGAAGGAGCAACUGCUGAAACGCCCGAAUCGCAACGUGGCCAAAAAUGUGGUAUUCUUCCUCGGUGAUGGUAUGUCUAUACCGACGCUCGCGGCAAGCCGCAUGUACCUCGGCCAGCAACAAGGUCAUACGGGUGAGGAAAGCAUGCUGUCAUUCGAAGAGUUUCCCGAUGUUGGCCUUGUGAAGACGUACUGCGUUGAUAAGCAAGUGGCCGACUCAGCCUGUACCGCCACAGCAUACCUGUGCGGUGUGAAGGCCAACUAUGCAACGAUCGGCGUUACGGCCGCUGUCAACUUCAGCAACUGUGCCGCCGGUAACGAUCGGCGCAACCACGUCCAGUCGAUAAUGGCGUGGGCGCAGGCGGCAGGAAAAGCGACCGGAAUCGUGACGACAACCCGAGUAACACACGCUAGCCCCGCCGGAACAUACGCGCACACAUCCAACCGUGAAUGGGAAAGCGAUGCCGACGUGGUCCGAUCCGGUGGUGAUCCUUCACAGUGUCCCGAUAUUGCCUCACAGCUGAUCUACGGCGAGCCGGGGAAAAACUUUCGUGUCAUCCUCGGCGGCGGACGACGUAAGCUUAUCCCGCGCUCGAUGAAAGACGAGCAAGGCAUCCCCGGGCAGCGCUUGGACGGGGUGAAUCUGAUCUCGCAAUGGUACUACGACAAACCGCUCGGAACGGCGCGAUAUGUGUCGAAUAGGCGCGAUCUGAUGGCACUGAACUUUACCGAGGUGGACUAUUUGAUGGGCCUGUUUAGUGCGGAUCACCUUAAGUUCCAUCUUGAUGCACACCCAGAAGAGGAUCCGACGUUGAGCGAUCUAACGUACGCGGCGAUAAAAACGUUAGAAAAGUACCCCGAAGGCUACGUUCUGUUUGUGGAAGGCGGAAAGAUCGAUUUGGCGCAUCAUUUCACGAAGGCACGUAAAUCACUCGAUGAAACGGUACAGCUUUCCGAUGCGGUGCAGGUGGCCCUCCAGCUAACCCGUGCCGACGAUACGUUGCUCGUGGUUACGGCUGACCAUUCGCACACGAUGACGCUAUCGGGGUACGCGACACGCGGCAACGAUAUACUCGGCCUCAACAGCCAAGUUAGCGACGGUGACAGGAAGCCGUACACCACACUAGCCUAUGCCAAUGGGCCCGGUGGGCCAGUUCCGGGACCGCAGGGUGAACGGCCAAGUAUAACGGAAUCGAUGCUUAAGGAUCACGAGUUCCAGUUUCCGAAGGUGGUACCGAUGAAGUUUGAAACUCACGGUGGAGACGAUGUUGCCCUCUUUGCCUACGGACCCUGGUCACAUCUGUUUGGCGGGAUGUACGAACAAAACGUUAUACCACACCUGAUCGGCUACGCUGCCUGCAUUGGUAACGGCGAGCACGCGUGCGGGGCUGGCGGUAGUUUGUAAACAGGUAGCAUUGUUUUAUUUUAAUUAACUAUAGUUUGUGUAGUGUUGUGUAUGUAAAUAAAUUUUAAAUGUUUACCGUUGUGCCGGGAUUUGCUUAUGAAA